AUGGCAUCUCAAGACCCGCCACCAGCGGACGACAAGGACGUUCAGACGCGCGAGCAGGCGUCUCACAACGUUUCUCAGACGCCAGCCAUCGGGAAUGGCUCUGCAGUCGUAGACACUAGUGCGCAAGCGCACGACCUCUCCCCCACAUCCUCCUCGGAAGCGGACAAGGAUGUCAACCCAAACCCUUCUAACACCGUUUCAACCUUCGUUUCGCCAGCGGAACGCGAAAACGUAAAGUCUAACGACAAGGAGAAAGACAAGGACAAGGAGAAAGACAAGGACAAGGGCUCCCUAGCUACAACAACGCUGACACAGCCGAAUUCUACCAGCGCUACAUCUAGCACCACUCGCCGCUUUUCCAGGAAAGCUAAACCUGCGUCCAAGACCACUAAGUCUUCGACUGCGUCUUCUAGCUCUGCACGAGAAAAGACUACUUCCAACAACCAUUCCAGAGACGAGACUAAGUCCACGGGAGGUUCUCAGAAGAAGGAAUCAUUCAUAGCUAAACUCGUGCGCAAACUUGUGCCAUGCGUCGCUCCCAGCGAUCGUACGCAUGUGAUUGAGGUCGAUGUUGACGACGUCACGCGACACAAGGCCACUGACGCGGUCAAUGGUGCCUCAGCGCCCGCAGCCGAAACCAGUGUCGCCGGCGAAAAGCAGGUUGAAGCCAAGGAGCAGGAACGGGAAAAGCCGACUCUCGUGGUAGAGAUGCCCCCUUCCUCAUCGCAAACCAACCCCGCAGAAGUUGAAAUCAUCGUCCCCCCCACACCAACCAAAGCCCUCCUACCAAUAGCCGAGACAGAGGGGGUGACCAGCGGAGCAGUUCAACCUCCAGGAUCGACUGGGGUAGACCUAUUCUCGCCCUCACCGUCAUCUCCUGCAGAUGUAUCGCACACACCAUCUGGGAGUAUCCCAUCACAUGCUGGAGACACCUCACGUACAGCAACAGAUUCCGAAGGCAGUUUCACUGACGAAGAGGGUCACGGAGAAUCGGAGGAGCCCGAAGUGGAAGAAGUAGAACCGAUGGAGGAAGAUGACGAAGAUGCUCUAAUUCUCAACGGAGGUGCAGGUAUUCCCAUAGGGCCUGAUGGUGAACUUCGUCCACUUUUGCCCCCAAUAGCACCCCAACACGUGGGGCGCAAAUGUCUAGUUCUCGACUUGGAUGAGACCCUAGUCCAUAGUAGUUUUAAGUCUAUUCAACACGCUGAUUACGUCGUGCCGGUGGAAAUUGAGUACCAUUGGCACAAUGUGUACGUCAUUAAGCGCCCGGGGGUAGACAAUUUCCUGAAGAAGAUGGGCGAAAUUUACGAGGUGGUGGUAUUUACCGCUAGCUUGAGCAAGUAUGCGGACCCAGUUCUAGAUAAGCUGGACAUUCAUCAAGUGGUGUCGCAUCGACUAUUCAGAGAGAGUUGCUAUAAUCACAAGGGGAACUACGUCAAGGAUCUUUCCCAAUUGGGUCGUCCUAUUGCAGAUACCAUUAUUCUGGACAACUCUCCAGCAUCAUAUAUUUUCCACCCCAACAAUGCGGUCCCUGUGUCAUCGUGGUUCAAUGACCCACAUGACACGGAGCUCACCGACCUUUGUCCUUUCCUUGCGGACCUUGCGGAAGUGAGAGAUGUUCGGGGCGUCUUGGAUGGUGGUCUGUAG